UGUUUUCGUCGUUUGAUAAACUUUAAACAUCUAGAUAAAAUUGGGCCGCCAAUCUAUAUCAACAAUUUUAUUUCGUCAUUUUUAGAUUCAUGAAAUGAAUAAUCAAAAUUUAGAUGAUGAGAUGAUGAAAGUUAUAGGUGAUGAAAAUGGCAAUGAAGAUCAUCAUCAAUAUAAUCGUUCUAGUCAAUUAAUAGGAACAUCUUUGAUAUCAACAACAGCAUCAAUACCAUUACUUGGAUCAUCUACAUCGGAUUCUAUGAUAUCAACACGUAUGACUCGAUAUAAAAGUACUUUGAUAGAUUGUCUUGGUGAUGCUGGCUCAUAUUCAUUAUGUGGUCUUUGUACAUUAUUGUUUCAUAAAUAUUUUCCCGAAUCUCAUCAUAGGCCAUUUAUAGAAAAAUCCAUUAAAGAUCUGGUCGCAUAUCUUAAUCUGCCAGCAAAAGUUAGCGCAUCAAUGAUAGCUAUGAUCGAUGGUGAAGGCGGUGCCGACUUAAAUUCAUUUAUCAAAUUAAUAUACAAAGAAAUGGAUAAAAAAGCAAUGAAAUCAACACAGAUUGUUGAAGAUUUGGUCGUAUUCGCUGUUAAAGAUGGCAAUUAUGAUGCUCGAAUGCGUGUAAUAUUAAUUAAAUUAGCCAAUUUUCUUGGUAGUUCAUUAGAAUAUUUGGAAUUGAGUGAAUUAUCAUUAGUCGAAAUGUUGUCGACCGCCGAAGUGAAGAAUAAUGAUGAUGAUGAUCAAAGACAGCGGCGAAGAAAUCAAACUAAAAAAAUCAAACGAUAUGCACUAAUAGCACUGGCCAGUAUUGGUGGUGGAGCCAUUCUAGGUCUAACUGGUGGUUUAUCUGCUCCGUUAAUUGCAGCUGGAGCAACAGCAUUGACAAGUGGCGCAGCUAUUCUUGGAACACCUGCAGGUGUUGCUGUCAUUGGAUCGUUGUUCGGUGUAGCCGGUGCUGGACUUGCUGGUUAUAAAAUGAAUAAACGUGUGGGAAAUAUUGAGGAGUUUGCAUUCGAAAAUCUUUCCGAUAAUCGAAGCUUAACGUUAACUAUUGCCAUAUCGGGUUGGAUUACUGAGGAAUCGGAUGAUGCAUAUAGUAAACAUUGGAAAUCAUUAGCAAAUAGUCAGGAACAAUAUUCUUUAAGAUAUGAAUCUUCUUAUCUGUUGGAAUUGGGCAAAGCAUUGAAUUAUUUUAUUGGAUUUGCCAUUUCGAUGGCAGCUCAAGAAGCCCUAAAAUAUACUCUUCUCAGUGGUAUCAUGGCAGCUAUAGCUUGGCCAACAACAUUAUUAACCAUUUCAAGUGUGAUCGAUAAUCCAUGGGGUGUAUGCAUUAGUAGAUCAGCUGAAGUUGGUAAAUUUUUAGCUGAUGUUUUAUUAUCGAGGCAACAAGGUCAACGACCUGUUUCAUUGAUCGGAUUCAGUCUAGGCGCAAGGGUUAUAUUUUUUUGUCUCGAAGAACUAGCACAACGUCAAAAUUCAGAAGGAAUAAUUGAAGAUGUUGUACUGCUUGGUGCACCAGUGUCAGCCGUACCUGAACGUUGGGAACGAUUCAUGUCGAUCAUAAGCGGUAAAAUUAUCAAUGGUUUUUGUCGUGAUGAUUGGCUAUUGAAAUUUUUAUAUCGAACAUCGACUGCUACAAUGAGAAUUGCUGGCCUACAGGAAGUGAAUUUAAAAAAUAAAAAACUAGAAAAUCAUGACCUCACAGAUAUGAUUAAAGGCCAUAUGGAUUAUUGUCAUAAAAUUGAUGCCGUUCUUGAUAAAAUUGGCAUUAGAAUAUACAAAAAUGAUGAUGAAAAUGAUUCGAAUAUGGAUGUGGAUACGGCCACAGAUUUGGAAUCCACCGAAAAUGAUAAUCAAUCAAAUGCUGAUUAGUUGUUAAAUAUUCAUUUUUUUCAAAUUGUUUUAUUUGUUGAAUUUUUUCUAAUUAAAUUUAUUAUAAUUUAUAAAUUUUUCAAUAGAAACAGUGUCAAUUUUUCUUGUUAAAGAAAGUUUCCUGGCAAAAAUUCUUUGCCCAAAUGCGGUAAUAUUCCCAGAAGCGUCCUUUCGACUUUCAUACACAUUGAUGUUUU